UUCUUCCCCUCCCCGCACUCAAAUCCUAGCCGGCGGCUACCCAUCUUCCUCCCCCGCUGCCUUUACCUUCCCUCCCCUUCCCCCACCUCCACCCACCACCACCUUUCGCCGCGAGGCACCCCACCACAUCCAGACCCACUCCUCCCACAGCGCCGGCCACCGCCUCCCACCACACCGGCCUCCAAUCUGCCCCGCCCCCGCGCCAAACGGCUGCAGAAGCACCGGCCCCGUGCUACCCCCUGGUCGACCAUCCCGACGCCCAACGACUCCAUGCUCCCCUCCAAGGACCGACGCCUCCGUCAUGCCUCCUCCCCAGCUGGCCCGCUGGAUGGCUGGCGCCGCCCGGCCACCGCCUCCCACCCCUCCGCUCGGCCACCGCCUACCGCGCCCACGACCACCACCACCCCACCGCACGACGUUGUUCUGGCCAUCUUCCUCCCUGCCGCCACUCUGGAUCCGGCAGUCACUGCGUUUCUCGAGUCGGAUCCAGCCGCCGUUCAGCCAGAUCCGCCGCCCGGUGUGCUACACCGGACACGCGCGGCGGUGGCGCUGGUACUGCGUGGGCGGGGGAGAGGGAGGAACACCACCUCGACGCCGCUGCCCCUGCCAUCUCCCGGCCUCGUCGGCCACCCCCUCGCCUCGUUCUGCGUCGCCGUUGAGGAACAUGCAGUACGGCGCAGGCAGUUUGGCCAUUGUGGCAGUGCAGCUCGGAGGCGCGCGAAAUGCCGUUCAGUGCUCGCGUGGGUGCAGCCUUGGGCGAUCUCUUUGCAAGCGGAUGCAAAAAUCGUCAUCGCGGCUUGCAAAAAUGCAGUUCGGGCGGCUCCACGGCCAGCCCCAUCACAUCCAGCUAGCACGUGCAGUGCGGACGGACGGCGAGCACGUGCCGUGCGGAUGGCGAGCACGUGCAGUCCGAUGGGCGCGUGCGUGUAGCGCACUAAGUGUGACACCUAUGCAGGAUCCCAUGGACAGCGUCGGAUCUCGCGAGAUCGAACUUCUCUGCUCUGACAUGGCUGUCUCUCGUCCACCCAGUCUAUCGAGGCGAGCUUGCUCCGGUGAGAUCCUUUUCGUCUAUGAUCCCUGGCCGUCCAUCCUCGCCCCUCGACGGCCUCCUGCAAGCACGGCCGGGUCGACGCCCGCUCGUCCGGCGCCUCCUUCUUCUGCCCCGCGAUGAGGUCAAUGGCCUCAGCGCACGUGGGGCGGUCCGCGGGUGCACACCAUGUGGUCCACAGGUAUGACGUCGUGAUACGCCCCGGAGCUCCCCUGUCGGGUUGAACGAGUUGCAGAGGAGGCUUCACUUACCUCGAGCGGUUUAGAUGUAAAAAUGCAUCAGUUCUGAACCCCAUGUUCCAUAUUUUCAGAAGCAGAGGCAGCGGAACUGGAGUUCCUGCGGCCAUUUUAGUACUUGUUUUUUGCUACUUGGUGCUUUGCCGCAGUUUGGCUGGGUCGACAAUGUAGUUCUUUUUUGGAAAUCAUUUGCAGUGCGCUUGGUAACAAAAGAGAAGCAUCUCAAGUUUCA